UUACCUGAUUCGCCAGCAACCGCCGCGUCUCCCGUGACCUUCGCAUGUAUCGAUAUGACGACGCGAUGUACGCAAUAAUCGUACGAGAAAAUCGCAAACAAUUUCAAUCUGUCCGUCCUGCUCGCGACUAUACAGGAAUAACCUCGAGGAGAGGAGAAAAACACACACGCAAAUAGGACAUGAGGAUUUUGUGCCAGACAAUAAACUGCCAGAUUUAUAUAGCGCGCUUCGACGAUCUCGGAUUCAACGAGAAAUGACUUUGAUCGCUUCUUCUCUUCUCUGGUUUGUCUCACCUCGAAGUGCGUCGUUUGUUACUUUCUCUCCCCUUCCCCCGAACGGGUCGAUCUCGAUAAGACAAAAAAAAUUGUAAUUAUUCUAAAAAAAAAAAAAAAAACAAGUUUCUGAAUAAAUUGUGUCUUCCCCGACACGUCGCGUCGUCGCGUCGAUUUCCAAUUUAAAUAUAUACGCGCUUCCCGGAGUCGAUAACGACGAAUGUGAAAUAUCUCCGAGUGAUCUACGAGUUCGUAGGAAUUGAUAUAUAUCGGGAGAUUAUGCUAAAGGUCGAGACCCGAGUAUAUCGUUAAAGAAGAAGAUUCGGCGACCUAUCUUGACCCGAUAAAUCGCGCCUCUCGAUAACCUCUCGAUUAAUUAUCGAGAGUCUCUUCUUCGCGACGUCGGAGAGAGAACGAGAUUUCUUAUAUCGCGAGAAGCGCUUAUCUCUCUCUCUCUCGCGACAAAAUUUCACGAGAUAAAGCGUCUCGCUAAGAUUUGCCGUUUGAUAAUUAAUCAAUUGAAGAAUAUCGUCUUUGACAUAUUUUUUUUUUUCCGUCGGAGAUGCGAUUUUUGAAUCUCGUGGAUUAUUGACGGAGGGUGGACAUAUAUUUGUGUAUACGCGAUUUCGACGGUGAAACACGUCGUGCUGCCCGUCAGUGAGAAACGAGAGUUUGUUUUUGUGCGUGGGCGUGUCGCGAGAGAAUUUCCUCCAACGGAAGUGAGAAAAUGGAAGCUCAUCACAAUAACAACGGCUUGUCGUCAAUGGAGGGCAAACCUAGCUCGUCGAGCAACGAACACGGCAACAAUAGCUCUCUGGACGACGCCGUGGGCAAGCUGUUGCAAGGAUAUGACUGGACUCUGCUUCCCGUGACUUCGCGCGCAAGCGGACGGAGAAGCGCUCACGUGAAGCGUCCCAUGAACGCGUUCAUGGUGUGGGCGCAGGCGGCGAGGCGAAGACUGGCCGACCAAUAUCCGCAAUUGCACAACGCCGAACUGUCGAAGACGCUGGGCAAACUGUGGAGAAUCUUGAGCGACGGCGAGAAGCAGCCUUUCAUCGAGGAGGCCGAGAGACUGCGAAACGCGCACAAGAAGCAACACCCGCAUUACAAGUACCAGCCGCGCAGGCGGAAGCCGAAGUCGGACGAUCAGAUGGGCAUCAUCGUGCACAGAGGUGGGCUCUCGUCGCCGGGAACCUCCCUCGACUCGUCGGCCAGCUCCUCCUCGGACUGCACGUACGCCCGUUUGUAUCCCGACAUCGGCGCGAAGUCUUACGAUCGAUCGGCGAAUUAUCACGAGCCCAAAUCCGGCGCUUACGAUCUCGCCAGAUCCGUCUGGGUGAACGAGACGGUCGCCAAGUAUCCGGAUCAUUCUAACAAGACGACGGCGUACGAGACCGCCGCGGUGAGAAGCUACGGAGCCGAGGCCGUCAAGUGUCACGAGACGGCGGUCGCCAAGUAUCACGAGAUGACCGCGGGCACGAAGUACCAUCACGAGAUGGUCGGGGCGAAGUAUCAUCAUCAUCAUCACCAUCACGAGUCCGCAACGAGCGCCAAGUACCCGGAGCUCCAGGCCAAACCCUGCUACGAUCUGCCAAAGUAUCCCGAGGCCAGAGGCUAUCCGGACGGUCUCAAGUAUCCCGCGGAGAUGAGCGACGCGACAGCCGCGGCCACCAAAGCGUCUUACGCUUGCGUUCACGGACAAUAUUAUCCAGCUGCGGACGGAUACGCGGUUCACGGCGAGGAUAACGAUUAUCAGUCGCAGAGCGUGUCCUCGCACUCUUCCUUUUAUCCCUACAUAUCCGCGUCCAUGGCUCAGCCGCCGUACUACAUGGGGCCCCGAUGAAGGUGAAAAUCAUCACGGAAGAAGACUGUGUUUGGCGUAUUUUUUCUUUUUUUCUUUCUAGAACAAAUUAAGUGUGUGGGUGUGUGUGUGUGUGCUGAGUAACUGCGCGAAGUCUCAUCCGAGAGUCUUCGUUUAACAAAACUCUCUGUCCUGUUGCCAAACAUAAACGAUUGUUUAGUUUCCGUCGUGAAUUAGAAUGUCGUGUGUGCGCAAGACGCGAAACUUUUGGUAAAGUACAAUAUAUUUUACAAUCAGCAGGUCAAUAUGUACUUAAUGGACUAGAUUUAAUAGAGAUUUCAGUCUGCGAGUAUUAUAUUCUCCGGUUUGCUUUGUAAUCCUUUUUUUUUUUUUUUUUUUUUUUUUUUUUUUUUUUUUUUUUUUUUAUUA